UAGCUCCCGCCCCCCCCCGGCCCCCUCCCCGGAACCGGCGGACUAGCAGCGGCCGCCGAGCAGUGGAGCGGCCACCGCAGCGCGGAGCCGCCGGCAUGAGCGCCCCGCGCCGCCACGCGUCCCGGGCCCGGCCUUUCUGACAAGAGGAGUGAGAGGAUUGCUGUUAUACUACAAUCAUGGUGCAAAAAUACCAGUCACCAGUGAGGGUGUAUAAACACCCCUUUGAAUUAGUUAUGGCUGCCUAUGAAAGGAGGUUCCCUACAUGUCCUUUGAUUCCAAUGUUCGUGGACAGUGACACUGUGAAUGAAUUUAAGAGUGAAGAUGGGGCUAUUCAUGUUAUUGAAAGGCGCUGCAAACUGGAUGUGGAUGCACCCAGACUGUUGAAGAAGAUUGCAGGAGUUGAUUAUGUUUAUUUUAUACAAAAAAACUCACUGAAUUCUCGGGAACGUACUUUGCACAUUGAGGCCCAUAAUGAAACGUUUUCUAAUCGGGUCAUCAUUAACGAACACUGCUGCUACACCGUUCACCCUGAAAAUGAAGAUUGGACCUGUUUUGAACAGUCUGCAAGUUUAGAUAUUAAAUCUUUCUUUGGUUUUGAAAGUACAGUGGAAAAAAUAGCAAUGAAACAAUAUACCAGCAACAUCAAAAAAGGAAAAGAGAUCAUUGAAUACUACCUUCGGCAGUUAGAAGAAGAAGGCAUAACCUUUGUACCCCGUUGGACUCCACCUUCCAUCACUCCCUCUUCAGAGACAUCAUUGUCAUGCAAGAAACAAGCUGCUUCAAUGGCUGUCAUCAUCCCAGAUGCUACCCUCAAGGAAGGGCUGGGCGGUGAGGCCCUCAGUAACCCCGCAGGGGCACCCGAGUCUGUGGUGGGAACUCCAGAUGACAAACUAGAUGCAGACUACAUCAAGAGAUACCUGGGUGAUUUGACUCCACUGCAGGAGAGCUGCCUCAUUAGACUUCGCCAGUGGCUCCAGGAAACCCACAAGGGCAAAAUCCCAAAAGAUGAGCAUAUUCUUCGGUUCCUACGUGCUCGGGAUUUUAAUAUUGACAAAGCCAGAGAGAUUAUGUGUCAGUCUUUAACAUGGCGGAAGCAACACCAGGUAGACUACAUUCUUGAUACCUGGAACCCUCCCCAGGUCCUUCAGGAUUACUAUGCAGGAGGCUGGCAUCAUCAUGACAAAGAUGGGCGGCCUCUCUAUGUGCUCAGGCUGGGGCAGAUGGACACCAAAGGCUUGGUGAGGGCCCUUGGAGAGGAGGCCCUGCUGAGAUACGUGCUCUCCAUCAAUGAAGAAGGGCUAAGGCGAUGUGAAGAAAAUACAAAAGUCUUUGGUCGGCCUAUCAGUUCAUGGACCUGCCUGGUGGACCUGGAGGGGCUGAACAUGCGCCACUUGUGGAGACCUGGUGUCAAAGCCCUGUUGCGGAUCAUCGAAGUGGUGGAGGCCAACUACCCUGAGACGCUGGGCCGCCUUCUCAUCCUUCGGGCGCCCAGGGUAUUUCCUGUCCUCUGGACACUGGUUAGUCCGUUCAUUGAUGACAACACCAGAAGGAAAUUCCUCAUUUAUGCAGGAAACGACUACCAGGGUCCUGGAGGCCUGCUGGAUUACAUCGACAAGGAGAUCAUUCCAGAUUUCUUGAGUGGGGAGUGCAUGUGUGAAGUGCCAGAGGGUGGGCUGGUUCCCAAAUCCCUGUACAGGACUGCGGAAGAGCUGGAAAACGAAGACCUCAAGCUCUGGACUGAGACCAUCUACCAGUCUGCGAGUGUUUUCAAAGGAGCCCCGCACGAGAUUCUCAUUCAGAUUGUGGAUGCCUCUUCAGUGAUCACUUGGGAUUUUGAUGUGUGCAAAGGGGACAUUGUCUUUAACAUCUAUCACUCCAAGAGGUCGCCACAGCCACCUAAAAAGGAGUCCCUGGGGGCCCACAGCAUCACUUCUCCAGGCGGGAACAACGUGCAGCUCAUAGACAAAGUGUGGCAGCUGGGCCGUGACUACAGCAUGGUCGAGUCGCCUCUGAUUUGCAAAGAAGGAGAAAGCGUGCAGGGCUCCCAUGUGACAAGGUGGCCGGGCUUCUACAUCCUGCAGUGGAAAUUCCACAGCAUGCCAGCAUGUGCUGCAACCAACCUGCCCCGUGUGGAUGACGUGCUGGCCUCCCUGCAGGUCUCCUCUCACAAGUGCAAAGUGAUGUACUACACUGAAGUGAUCGGGUCUGAAGAUUUCAGAGGUUCUAUGACCAGCCUGGAGUCCAGCCACAGCGGGUUCUCCCAGCUGAGCGCUGCCACCACCUCUUCCAACCAGUCUCACUCCAGCUCCAUGAUUUCCAGGAGCUUUCUAUCCUCAGAGCCCAGAUAGUCCUUCUAGGCACUAGAGGGUAUUUUGGAAACUGAAUGGCGAUUUUGCUGACAGCUACCAAGAAAGCGCUUCACUCAACAGUCCACAUGUGCCCAGAGAUGAUUAUAGGACUGUCUGACUUGCAGCCAUGUCCCCACCCCGCCCCAGGCCGAAGAUCAGUUCUUUUUAAGUUGAUUCAGAAAUGGCACUGUUUUCUCCCCAAAGAGUUUAACGCAUCUUUAAGAGUUCAAAGCACAUGACUGCACAGAUGCUCACAGGGUUUUCUCAGGAGUGACACAACACCUGAUUCUCCUCGUAGGAGAAUGAGGGGCAUGUGUGGUUUGAUUAGGCAGAUCAUGGUAUGUCGCUCCUCUUAGUGCCCUUCACUCUUUUUAAAAUGCUGCUGUCAUUUCCCUUUUUCCAGUACUAAUGAUUCUAUUGGUUUUUCCCUCUUAUUACUACUGUCUUAAUUCAUUUUCCUUCCUAAAUUCAUUAUUUGCAUAUCAAAUUCUGUACAUGUUUUAUAAACAUAUUACCUCAUUCUUGGUAAU